GACAAAGGUCAGGCAACAACCUCUGGUUAUUUGUUCGUUAUCGUCGAUUAUGAUAAUAUCGUCAAAUCGCAGAAGACUACGUGUUGUAUUCAUGGACAUCGCUUCCGCUCGGUGCGUGUACAGUUGGCAUCCCAGUGUCCUGCAGUUUUCCUCCCGCGGUCCACAGACCCUGUGCGCGUGACAGUGUGCAUGUGUACGCCCUGUGAUUGAAUGACGUCCCAGGGAGGUUCUCUCACUGCUCUGUCCUGCCUGGGACAGGCUCCAGGCUCUCCUCAUUCUAUUCAUUAGUAACUGGAAGGUUGGAGCGCUAGGUGUCCCAUGACUCUAGUUUCACUUUCGAUUCUCCUCAAUGGAAAGCGUCCCUGUGAAACGAAACCAGGAAGCUGGUGCAUUUUAAAUAGGCACUGCGCUCUGUAGCUCGUUAACAUAGUUUACUGACUUCAGUUAAACCAGUACAGUGGCAAUAAGCUAAAAUGUACGAAGACGAAAAAGAAAACCUAAAGAAAUUUAGAAAUUACAUUGUGCAAAUAAUACGUCCUUCCAACAUCAAGGGAUUCCUGACGACGUAUUUGGAGACAGCUGUAGUGGAGAGAAUUUUGUCAGAGGAAAACAGGUCUGUGACCACAGCUGCAGAAUUGCUCCUGGGGAAGAUGUGCGACCUUGAAGAGAUGGGCUGGUUCCAGGGCUUUCUGGAUGCUCUGCUAGAAGGAGAGUAUAAUGGCCUUUAUAAUGCCAUCAAAGAGUGGGACUUUAAAGAAAUUGAACGAAUGAGUACAUACAAGAAACUUCUGGAACGGAUUGAAGCCUCCUUCACUAAACAAAUAAAACCUUGUGAAAUCAUCACACGUAUGACAGACUGCUUUGUGUCCCGGGAAGUCGAGGAAAUCAGAGCCACUGAUGAACAAAAAGGCCACAUUGCAGCCGCUGAGAAGCUGGUGGAGUGUCUCAAAAGGUCAGACAGAUCCAACUGUUUCAAGCUGCUGCUGCUGGCUUUGGAGCACUGUGACAACACGGAGCUUCUUCAGCUACUGGAUCCAGAGAGAGAAUCUGCAGAAGAAAAAAUGGAAAUAGAUGUGGGAACCACAACAGUCGUGUUCCAGUACAGAGAACAGGCUGAGUGUGCGUCAUCCCUGAACAGCGCCAACUGGAACCAAGCACAAGAGGGCAGCACUGGGCUCGCAGGUGGCGUGACACUGGGGAGGUACAGACUGAGGGAGUAUCAGAAGGAACUGGCGAUGCCGGCUUUGCAGGGGAAGAACACGCUGAUCUGCGGCCCUACAGGCUGCGGAAAGACCCUCGUUGCUCUUGCCAUCUGUGAACAUCACCUGAGAUCUAAAUCAGAGGCCAAGAUCGUCUUCUUGGCCACCAAGCUGGUUGUGUAUGAGCAGCAGCUCAGGCUGUUCCUCGAGUACUUUAACAGCACCGAUGCAGGCAUCAGAAUCAAAGGCGUUUGUGGGGACAUGGAGGACCAGGUGUCCAUGGAUGUCAUCGUUGAGGGGAAUGACAUCAUUGUGUUGACGCCUCAGAUCCUUCUGAAUGCUCUGAAUAAGGGGACUGUGCCCUCGCUCUCCGUCUUCACACUGCUUAUUUUCGACGAAUGUCACAAUGCCACCCGGAAGCACCCCUACAACAUGCUGAUGGGCAGAUACCUGGACUCCAAACUUAGCCAGCAGCACCAGACGCUUCCUCAGAUCGUGGGCCUGACGGCUUCAGUGGGAAUUGGCACUUUCAGGAACUCGCAGGAAGCUGAAAUGAACAUCUGCCAGUUAUGUGCCAACCUGGACACGAGGAUCAUCUCAACUGUCAACAACAACAAAGAAGAACUUCAGUCGUUCGUUCACAUUCCUGAGAAAGAUUUUUCUGAAGUCGAAAAACUUGCCAAUGAUGAGUUUGUGUCCAUUAUCCGCAAUAUCAUGGUCUACAUUGAGAGUCAGGCCAGGCGCUGGUAUGACAUAGGGUCCCUGUCCAACCUGCAGACCUCUGAACAUGGCACACAGAAGUAUGAGCAAUGGAUCGUGGACAUCCAGAAGAAGUGCAAGGUCCUGCAGCUGGAGGACAAGGAAGAGGAGAGCAGGGUGUGCCGGGCGCUCUUCAACUACAUGGGGCACCUGCGGAAAUACAACGAUGCCCUCAUCAUCAACGAAGACGCCAGGACUAAGGAUGCCUUGAACUACCUGGAGGAUUUCAUCAAACAAGUCAAAGACGCGGGAUUUGAUGAGAUUGAGCAAGAAUUAACUGCCCGUUUUGAGGAAGAGCACCACCUCUUGGCCAUGCUGAGUCAGCGCAGAGACAGGGAUAAUCCCAAGCUGACCAGGCUGAAGUUCAUCCUGGAUGAGCAGUACACACAGGACGAGGAGACCCGCACCUUGCUAUUCGUCAGGACCAGGGCUCUGACCGAGGCACUGAAAAACUGGAUUGAGGAAACGGACUCCUUGAGAUUCCUGAAGCCUACAGUUUUGAUGGGCAGCUCAGGUUCUGGAAUGACACAGACAUACAAGAAGGGCAUCCUGCAGUCCUUUAAAAAACCGAGCGACCAAAGUAAGAUCCUCAUUGCCACCUCCGUGGCCGAUGAAGGUGUCGACAUUCCUCAGUGCAACCUCGUCUUGAUGUACGAGUACAUUGGAAACAUGAUCAAGACCGUCCAAGUCCGAGGGCGCGGCCGAGCAAAAGGCAGCAAGUGCAUCCUCAUUUCCAGCAGAAAGGAGCGGAUCGAGAAGGAACGACAGAACAUGCUUCAGGAGAAGAUGGUGGAAAAGGCUGUGGCUAGACUGCAGACUUCCCAGGAGCACAUGCUACAGACGAUCGAGAGCUUACAGAAGUCUGAUAAGACCACACGGGAUUAUGAGAAAUCAGCUCCUGUCAACCCCAGAACAGAGGAAAACCACAAGCUUCUCUGUGCAAAGUGCAAGAAGUUUGCAUGUUUUUCUGAUGACCUGAGAGUGUUGAAGGAAUCGCAGCACAUAGUUCUGGACAAAAGCAUCUUCGAGCGCUCCAUCGCAAGCCCGCACCCACGGCCCAGGAAGUACAUGGGCAUCAUGAAAGAGAAGAAGCUCUUCUGCGCCAACUGCCAUGAAGACUGGGGAAUAGUCGCCUCGUACCGUCACCUGCAGAACCUGCCUCUGCUCAAGAUCGAGAGCUUUGUGGUGGAGAGCUGUGUCACCCAACAGCAGAGAUACUUUGGGAAGUGGAAGGAGGUCACCUUUGUCAUCAAGCCUUUCAUUGUGGAGGAGUGCCUGUAAGGCUGAGCACACACCCCACUACUGCCCCCCAGAGGCGUGCCCAUGCACAGCACAAUGUCAGACAUUCAGUAAACAAAGAAUGUGUCAUCAAUGCACUCAUUCCAUUCUAUUGUGUACAUGUUGAAGAUAAAGUAAUAUUUACUCAGCUGAUGUUGGGCCAAUUGUGGGUUUUAAACAGAUGAUGGAACACCCCCCCUGUAAUUCAUGGUAUUUUCAAAUAGCUCCCUGUAACUGUCCUGGUUUAAGCUGUUUUAUUUUUAGGGAUUAGGGUAAGUGAUAUAAGGUUUAAAGGGAUCUAGUUAAGUGUGGUGGUGUAACAGGCCGUAAUUGAUCCACGAUGAGUGUGGAUCCCUCGUGUGUGAACCAGGGAUUAACUGUAAAGUGGGUGCAUGUCUAAUUACAGCUUCUGUUUUUCUUGUUA